CCAUGUUUUAAUUGUAACAUAAAGUGGAGGUGAUUGAUUGUCAGGAAUGUUGUUAUUAAAUUUAUAUUUUUACAAAGAAUGAUAUCCGAGGUGAUGGCUAAUGGAACUAAGGAAAAAUGGGACCCAGCCUUAACACGUCUCCUUACGUCCCUUCAGCAAGCUAGCAACCUGCCAUCGACCGAGGAGGAAUUAGGAUUUCUGAGCGAUUUGCUACAAUCAAAGGAACUACACGCCCUAUUCAUCGUUCACCACAAGGUGAUCAGUAAUGGAGCAAGCGACAAGUUCUUCCCGAUGCUGUCGACAUCGAUGGAUGUCAUGGCUGAUGUCCUGGAGGAGCUCGUCAAUCGGCCGUACAUGUCGGACGACUGCAAAGAACUUUUUUACCUUCUUCAAAAACCUCAUGUUCAGGGUCUCCUAUGUGCUCACGAUUCUGUAGCACAGAAGGAUUACUACCCCCAUUUACCCGAAAUACCUCCUCAAGACGUUGACGAAGAUGAAGAAACAAUCAAGAUAGUGCAACUCGUCAAAAGUAACGAACCAUUAGGCGCCACGAUUAAGACGGACGAAGCAACGGGAAAAAUUGUUAUAGCCAGGGUGAUGCACGGCGGGGCCGCCGACAGGUCGGGGUUGAUCCACGUGGGGGAUGAAGUGGUCGAAGUCAACAACAUGAAUGUGGAAGGGAAAACACCAAAUGAUGUUCUUAAAAUACUGCAAAAUUCCGAGGGAACAAUAACUUUUAAAUUGGUGCCGGCAGACGGAAAGGCAUCUUCAAGGGAAAGCAAGGUUAGAGUCAGAGCGCACUUUAACUACGAAGCUGCGACUGACCCUUACAUACCUUGUAAAGAAGCUGGCUUAGAUUUCAGUAAGGGAGACGUUUUGCAUAUAGUGUCUCAGGAUGAUGCAUACUGGUGGCAAGCGAGAAGAGAGGGUGACAGAAAUAUGCGCGCCGGCCUUAUUCCUAGUAGGGCGCUCCAGGAAAGGAGAAUAAUUUACGAGAGAACACAACUCAAAGACGGAGAAGACAGGCUUUGCUCUGUUUCAGCUUUGCCUGUGCUAACCUGCAGUCAGUUCCCGAAAUCCCCUCGUUGUGCAUCCAAACCUAAAACUAAAAAGAUUAUGUAUGAUACAGCAGAAAACGACGAUUUCGAUCGGGAGCAGAUCGCCACCUACGAGGAAGUGGCCAAGCUGUACCCCAGGCCUGGGAUCUAUCGACCGAUCGUUUUGAUAGGCGCCCCGGGGGUCGGCCGUAACGAACUGAAGCGGCGCCUUAUCGACACCGAUCCCGAUAAAUAUAAAACACCAACUCCUUAUACCUCUCGAGCUAUGAAACCGGGGGAGGUAGAUGGUAAGGAAUAUUUCUUCGUAACAAGGGAACAAAUGGAGGAAGACAUCGAGGCCACCAAAUUCAUAGAGUUCGGCGAAUACAAGGGCAAUCUGUACGGUACUUCGGCCGAAAGCGUUAAAGCAAUAGUGAACGCUGGGAAAGUUUGCAUUUUGAAUCCUCAUUAUCAAGCGCUUAAGAUGCUAAGAACACCACAAUUAAAACCUUAUAUAAUAUACAUAAAACCGCCAAGUUUAGAAGUGCUUAAAGAUACUAGGAACGCUAAUCACGCUAGGUCCACUUUUGAUGUAAAUAAUUCACGAGGUUUUACGGACGAAGAAUUCAAUGACAUAAUUAAAUCCUCCGCCAGAAUAGAAUUUUUGUACGACCACUUUUUUGACGAAACAAUUGUUAACGCAGAUUUAGCCGUUGCCUUCAGUCAACUACUUACUGCUGCCAAUCGCGUGGAAACGGAACCCCUCUGGGUGCCAGCUUCCUGGGUUCAGUGAGAGUUCCACCGCAUUGUUACGUUAGUGUUAGACGACUUGAAUAUACUUUUAUUUUUAGAAUUCAUAUUUAAUAUUGUUAAUACCUUUAGCGUUAGACUCUUCCAAAACAGGUUAUUUUGUUACCUAACUGUUCUUUUCCGUACGAUAUCGUUAGACACUGUUAGGUACGCGUUUUUUCGACGUAAUAAAUUGAGAAUAUAAAGUUGCAGACGGAAUAUAUUUUAUACUCAGCAAAAGAUUUAUGAUUUGAGUUUGAAAAGAAUUAACGUGUCUUUUCUCUAGGCCUUCGCAUAAAGGUAACUUGUGUGACAUCUCUUACAGUUAGCAAAAUUAAAAAAAUAUUUUGUUAAGUUAAAGUUGAGAGAAAUGUAUAAAAAUAAAAAAUACUGACACAAAUUUCUUAAAUUUGAUAUUAAACAAAAAUGAAAUGUUGACGAAAGACUGGCUACACAUAAAUUCUAACAUAUAAUUAGGGUAAUAGAACAAAAAAAAAAUUAAGAGGAUCUUUUCUUAUAAACAAUAAGCCUAUUGUCUUUUAUACUGUCUUCUAUUUUCAAAAUAUUAUUAUGGCGAUGACUUUUGGGAAUAUUAGGAAAUUAAUUUAAAAAAAUAUCUUAAUACUUUGUACUUUGAAAACAUACAAAGACUUACAGUUCAUAAAUCUUAUUUUUGAUGUUCUAUUGUGCCCAGAAUGUAUUGUACUUUAUACUGAAACGCCUGCUUCAAAAUAUAGUUGACGAUCCUAAAUGGUUAAUCAAAUUUCUUAUUAAAAUGACAAUAACUAGGUGUAUAUCGUUAUGAAUCUACUGAUAUAAAAAUGUGUGUAUUCGUCAACGAAAUAAGCACAACAUUUUCUUAUUUAAAGAAUACAGAAAUUUGAUUUGGAAAUAUGUGAAAACUGAUGAGAUAGGGAUAAAACUACGGCAACUUUUGUGCGUGUUUUUUUAUAGAGUGUCUCUUUCGAGUAAAGUCAAUCCUGAAAGUUUUAUCACCCCACGAAAAUUCAAAAGUCGCCAAACUUGAAAAUUAUUCACAAAAAAUUUCUUUUUCUGCUCCUUCUUCAAUCUAUUUUUUACUAAUAAU